GGUUUUAUGUUGUUUAACUCUAAUUUUUCAUUUUAAAACAUCGUUGAUUGACAAAGGAAGGCAGCCGCUGAGGUUUAAAAAUGAACCGACAUAGCGGGCUUACUGCAAUCCGGCAAGAACGUUGCGAAAACGCCGCAUCGGUGAUACGAGACAAUUGAGCAAGGAAGUCAGGGAGGAGGAGGAGUCUGCGCAGCAAUCGAAAGUGAAAGUCGAGCAGCUGACUGACUGACUGACUGGACUAAACGCUUCUUCUACGUGCGAUCUUCGCCUUUAUACAAACCGAAAAUGUCUGAGACUGCGGAAAUCGACGAGAGCCUCUACUCCAGGCAACUGUAUGUGCUGGGCCACAAGGCAAUGCUGCGCCUGCAGACCACCAACGUGCUUAUCUCUGGGAUGAGAGGCCUGGGAGCUGAGAUAGCUAAGAAUGUCGUGUUAGCCGGAGUCCGAUCAGUAACCGUCCACGAUGAAGGAGAGGUUCAAUGGGGGGAUCUUUCAUCACAGUUUUUCUUGAAGGAGAGCGACGUUGGGAAGAACCGGGCUAAAUGCUGUGAACCUCAUCUAGCUGAACUCAAUGCCUACGUCCAGGUGGCUUCCUACACCGGGUCUCUGAACGAACACUACCUGUCAGCAUUUCAGGUGGUGGUGCUGACCAACUCCUCUCUGGAUGAACAACUUCAGAUUGGGACCCUGUGCCAUUCCAAGAACAUCCGCUUCAUUGUGGCUGACACUAAGGGCUUGUGUGGUUUGCUCUUUUGUGAUUUUGGAGAAGAGUUUGUUGUGUCGGAUCCUAAUGGAGAGCAGCCACUUUCGGCCAUAGUACUGAACAUCUCCAAGGAUAAUCCUGGUGUGGUGACCUGUUUGGACGAGGAGGGCCAUGGAUUUCAAAAUGGAGAUCAAGUUACAUUUUCUGGGCUCUUCGGCAUGACCGAGCUCAAUAACUGCACACCUGUGAAGAUUGAAGUCCUCAAUGACUACGAGUUCAGCAUCAGCGACACCUCGGGCUUCAUGGCGUAUGAGAAUGGAGGGAUGGUGACAGAAGUCAAAAUGAGCCAGACCUUCUCCUUUAAGCCCCUGAGUGAGUCCAUAGAGGACCCAGAGAUCGUCAUGACAGACUCUUGUAAGAAGGAACAGCACAAAACCCUUCAUGUCGCCUUUCAAGCUCUGCACAAUUUUGUUCAAAGGACUAAAAGGCUUCCUAAACCAAGAGGAGAGGAUGACGCACAAUUGCUAAUUGAAAUUGCAAAACAGAUACCAUGGAAGUGUCCAGUGAAUGAAGAAGUUGUGCGUAAAUUUGCUUUUGGCGCAACGGGAGACCUGAGCCCUGUCAAUGCUUUCAUUGGAGGAUUAGCAGCGCAUGAAGUCAUGAAGGCCUGCAGUGGCAAGUUCACUCCCCUCAGGCAGUGGCUGUACUUUGAUGCUCUGGAGUGUCUGCCUGAAGAUGCCAGCGAUUGCAGACUCACCGAGGAGACUUGUUCACCGAGAGGGAGCCGCUACGAUGGACAAAUUGCUGUGUUUGGUUCUGCCUUUCAGGAAAAGCUGUCCAGUCAAAAAUUAUUCAUGGUGGGAGCUGGGGCCAUUGGCUGUGAGCUGCUGAAGAACUUUGCAAUGAUGGGACUUGCGACUGAAGAGGGUGGAAACGUUACCGUGACAGACAUGGAUUCUAUCGAGAACUCAAAUCUGAACCGGCAGUUCUUGUUUCGGCCUCGAGAUGUCGGGAAAAUGAAGUCCAUUACUGCAGCAGAGGCAGUCCGAAAAAUGAAUCCAUCCUUAAGGAUAACGGCUCACCAGGACAGACUCGGACCCGAGACAAGUGAUGUGUAUGGAUACCAAUUCUUUUCCAAGCUGGAUGUUGUAUUCACUGCUCUGGACAGCGUGGAAGCCAGAGUAUACGUAGAUGGGUGUUGUGUCGAACACCAGAAGCCACUGUUGGAAUCCGGUACCCUGGGCACCAAAGGCCACACACAAGUCAUCUUACCCUUCCUGACGAGGUCUUAUGGGCAAGUGCAAGACUCGCAGGAGAACGCAUUCCCUUUGUGCACACUGAAGAACUUCCCCUUCUCGAUUGAACACACUCUGCAGUGGGCCAGAGACAUCUUUGAACAGCUCUUCAAAACAUCGGCAGAAAACGUCAGUCGAUACUUUCAAGACCCUGGCUUUGUUAAGAAUUCAUUAAAGCGGGACAGUGCUGAGGCUCUCGGUGUCCUGGAGGAGGUGUAUGACAGCCUGGUGACGUGGAAACCCAACAACUGGACUGACUGUGUCAGCUGGGCCCGGAACCAAUGGGAGAGACUCUACAAUAACAACGUAAGGCAGCUGCUGCAUAAUUUUCCUGCAGACAAGGGGAAGAAGGAGGCACAGCAGAGCAACAGCGCCAGCGGAAGUUCCAUGUUUGUCAUGGCCGACACUCAGGAUGAGCGACAGGGCAGCUACGCUGAUCGGGAGAAGCCUCCGGACAAAGAGGACUUCAACGAGGUGUUAAACUCCGGAAAGCCAUUCUGGUUGGGACCCAAGCGUUGGCCACGCCCUCUGAACUUUGACCCAGACAAUGCCACCCAUAUGAGUUUCAUAGAAGCUGCAGCAAACUUGUUUGCAGAAACAUAUGGCAUCAAGGGAACCCGAAACCACCAAGAAAUCGCUGAAACCCUUAAAAUAGUCAUUGUGCCAGAAUUUACCCCCAAGUCUGGGGUGCAGAUCAUUACCACAGAUGACGAGAUGAAGGAGGCGACAGAGCAGUCCGUAGAUGACAACCGACUAGAGGAGGUGAGGAAGAAACUGGACACUCUACAGAAAGUUGGAAUCUUCAAGAUGUAUCCAAUUGAAUUUGAGAAGGAUGAUGACACUAACCUGCAUGUAGACUUUAUUGUUGCUGCCUCCAACCUCCGAGCUGAAAAUUACUACAUUCCCCCCGCCGACCGCCACAAGAGUAAACUGAUUGUCGGUAAAAUAAUCCCAGCUAUUGCCACCACUACAGCGGCAGUCGUUGGUCUCGUGUGCCUGGAGCUGUACAAAGUCAUUCAAGGCCAUAAAGAGCUGAGCUUGUACCGCGACAGUUUCAUCAAUCUGGCGACAGCAGACUGUUUUCUGUUCCUUCCCAGCGCUGCACCGGUACACAAGGUUGCAGGUCUGGAUCUGAAAUUCACCCUGUGGGACCACUUUCCUGUCCACGGCUACAGAGAUGACACAGAGAUGACAGUAGAGGAGCUUCUGAGUCACGUCAAGAAAAACCACAGCCUGGAGGUAACUGACUUGUUUUAUGAAAACGCUGCAAUCUACCUUUCUGAGUCUAAGAAUCGCGAGGAACGACUGAGACAAAGGGUGUCAGAAGCGGUCCGUGCUGCUACUAAGAAGGAAAUCCCAGAAACCCUUUCAGUGCUGAAGCUGAUCGCAAACAUUGAAGAACUGGGAUUAGACGAUAAACUUCCCCCCAUUCAUUACUCUUUCCGAAAAGCCAAACCGGAGUAAUGGUUCUUACGAAGAGACGAAUGGAUGAAGAAUCAGAGGACAAUUGCUACUUUUUUACCUUUGGCUCACCCUUAAUUAUGAAGAACGAAUUUUGUUCACUAGCUGUGUCCAUCGUUCCAGAACAUUAACUAUAAAUUAUACAUACACUUACAUAUAUCUUCAUCAUUUUGAAUUCCUAUUUGUCUUGAUGCAUUCCCAAUGGUAACCCAAACUCUUUUUCCUUUUUUAUUGGCAUUAUGUACAGUAACCAUUUGAACGAGCACUCAAUUCCCAGAAAAACGUUUAUAUUCAUACUGACUUUUCAUUUUCUUGUUUUCACUCCAUUUUUAAAACAUUACACGUUCACUACGUUUGAAAAUUUUGCUUUGAAAUGGAAGCUUUUUAGGAUUUUAGGCACACAAAGAAGGCCAGAACCAUUUAAACCCUUCCCAAGAUCCAAUUAACAAUAGAUUUACUUAAUGAUAAACACAUAAAGUGCACAGAUUAAACAAAUAAGAGGAAAAUGAAAUCCAGGAAUGUACAAAUUACGUAAAAAAAACUAUAGAUAUAACUAAUGAGAUAGAAAGAUCGCAAAUCAGAAACAAGAAACAAUAAUUCAUUUAAUCAAACUAAAGCAAUAGCAACACGUAAGUCCAAAUAAAUCUCUCUCUAUAUAUAAAGCCCAACGUCUGUCUGUCUGUCUCUAUGUCCGCUUUUCACGAGAGAACUACUUAACGCAUUUAGAUCGUUUUUUUUUUUUCUAUAAUUUGCUUGAACAUUCCGGUUGAUUUUGUGACUUCUCUCAUUGCACUAAGUAUCAGAGUUCGCUCGCGGUGCCGAUUAAUUUGUGUGAAUCCAAGAGAGACACAGCGGACUGUGGGGAGGUGGGGUGGCGGGCCCUCUUCACUCACGCUUCAGCCUCAGGGUGUGACCUAACCUCCACUUAACUAGUGAACAAGAGAACUACUUCACAGGUUUAGAUCAGGCUUUUUUCUAGAAUUUACUUGAACAUUACGUUUGAUUUUACGUUUGAAGAAUCACAGUUUGCUUGCAAGAGAGAUAUAUUCACACUAAUCGGACACAGAAUCUGUGAGCCGAGGGGAGAGGGAAGCGUGACGUCAGGAGUAGGGAGCCGGGUAGUGCCCUCCUCGCUGUCUUGUUUCACUUCUACGUGGGCAGGGCCGCGGGGGACAGCUAGUAAAUUAUUAAACAUAAUUAAUGACGCUGUAAGGGAAAAUGUAACUGUGUGAAUUUGUAAAGUGCUGCUGACUGUGACAGCCUGCUUAAUUAGGACAUUAUGAACCAUUUGUACCCAGCAGAUCAACAGUGAGGUGAGAUCAUGUGACGUUUGAAUUAUUUAUUUUGUUUCUUAAUACAAAUUUGCAUAUACAGUAAGAAUUCUUUUUUAACGAAUCAGAGAGUUGACAGACUUUUAUUACGUUUAACUAUUUUGGGACCUUUCGAUAAUAUGAAGACACAGGUAUAUUAAAACAUUAUACCAUUUAUGUGUAUGAUGAUUGGUGCUCACUAAUAUCUUUCUUGACUGUGUUUUGCAAACGAAUCUAACAUAUUUAAUAUUUCUUAAAUUUUUUAAUCUUGUCGUACUGCACUGAGCAGUGGACUUGGCAGGCUCCAUCAGCCUCAACGUAAUAAGGGACAUCCAUCUUGGAGACAUUAUUAACAGUGACCCUUGUGGCCGGUAGACAGACCGCAAAUGAGCCAGAAAAAUAAUCGGGGUACUGGCUGGGCUACCCCAUUUAAUCAUAGCCAUCAAGCAACAGAAACAAACAAAAAGAAAACAGUUCACAGCUCUGAGCACAAGAAUCAGACGUAAGUUCAGCCAGCGCAGUAUAAAGCAAAAGGAGCUCCGUCAGCAGGAGCUCCAACUCCGUCUCCAGUUCAGUCAAAAUGAGCCACCAUCUUCUGUAACUGUCCAUUUUUAUUGUGUGGGGCAGAGCUCUGCUCAGGACUAGGCUUCUUAAUUGGGCUGCCUCUCCUAUCUGGAGAUGAAAAAGAAGACAGUGUUAGCGACAGCGCCCCCUCUUGUGUUGGGAUGGUAUCAAUUAUCUUGACAGAGCCAGGAAGGUGAUCCCCAAAAGCAAUCUCAAAUGUUCCUUAUUUACAGAGUAUUUUCCCUAAAAGAAGCCCAAAAAAAUCCUAAAAACUGAAUCGAAUGAAAGGUCAGAACCAAAAAUCACAUAACUAGGUUCUUUUUGACUGAACUACUAAUCCAACAAAAGAAAAACUGUUUCCAAACAAAACAAGAAUUAUCUUCUCUAAAAACAACAAAGAAUCUACUCAAAGAGAAGGAGAUAAAGGUGAAUGCUAAAGAGCUCUGGUUAAGGCAGAUCUUAAAUCUCCCUCAGGUGACUGCGCUACUAACUGCAGCAGCACCUCAAGGAAAUGGACUAACGAGAGGCUGCACCCCUUUAGCUUCUAAACCCAAUUUGAAACAAUUAACAAACAAGCCGAAGGGGAGAACAGGAAGAUGACAAAAACGGGAAACAGUGGAGCCAGGCCAAGCCUCAGACGAGAAUAUGACAGGAGCAUGUGAAUGUUCAGAGGGUUUAAUGCAGGGGGUUUGCUUGUGAUAAUGCUGGGGUGUGUUUUUUGGGAUCAGUGUUAUUUUAUGGGUGUGCUCUGUGGGGGCCGCCAGAGAGAGGGGAAGAGGAAGGGAGGUGAAGCAGUGACGUUCUGUUCACAGUAAUUUCAAUGCUGUUUGGAUCCAAAAGAAAAUAAUAACAUAAUAAAAAUUAAUUUCCAGUGU